AUGGGAAUCAGAGGAACGAUUGCCAAUCCAAAGCACAAAUUGGUCGAUUAUUUGGCCCAGCACGCCGCCAACAAACUGACCAAAUCGGUUCUUGUUGUGGGCACGCCGCAGUAUGCUGACCAGCUGACCAGCUUGUCCAAGGAUCUGUCGGGAAUCCAGACAGUCGCUGCUGCAGUCGAUACGGUGCCAUUUGGCAACCAGCGUAAUGGGUUUUCUUGGGCCGUGUUCGACAAGCCGAUCCAGAUCCAGGACCGUAUCUCUUUAAAGAGUGUCGAAUCUACAGACACAAAGUGGUCGGCUUCUACUGCCGCUUUGUCGUUCUCAGCCGCUGCUGGAUCAGCUGGUCCUGGUGCCGAAGUGAGCAUGGCGGCUGCAAACACGCUCUUCUCAAACGGGCUGAGUGCGACAAUGUUUGACAGUGAUUCCACUGAGCCACUUGCCGGAUUGAAGUUCGAGCUGCCCGAAAAGCUGAUGGCUGUAGGUGGUGUUAGGCCCAUCGAGCCUAUUUCCGAUUGGCUAACCAUCACCAGUGUCACCGACAACAUGCUGAAGACCCUGAAUGACACUGCUGCGGCGUCGUAUCUUGAGAACGCUGAGGCGUUGAAAAAUGCGGAUGACGUUGACACUUUCCUGGUAUUUGCAGAGAUCAAUUCAGCUACCGGGCGUCCCCCACAGUUCAUCAAAAUUAUUGCCGGCGGAGGAGGUUUGUGGUCAGCCCGCAGCCGCAUGCUUGUUCUUGAACCCCCAGCUAGUCCGUCUGUUGGUGACCAGCUCAGAUUUCAUCUCGCCAACUCCCGCAAGCUCUCGGAGCCGGCGUUGAAAAGCCUCCACAGCCACUAUGAGACAUACGAACAGCAUGAGGGCGUAGUUCUUGAGACUGCUCUGGUUGAAGAAGAGCUGGAUCAAAAGCCACUUGUACAUGCCAAGAAAAACACCUUUUGGCCAGUGUUCGGAAUGGGGUCCGAACGCGGCUUUUUAGUGAAUAAUGUAAAGCAUGCGAUUCCAGGCGAGAUCAUGGAAUUGCGAGACCAAUAA